AUGAAUGGAAUGCAUAGGUUAAAUGGAAUUGAAGAAGAAGAAAAAGAUCUGAUCAAAGGAAUGAUUAACCUUGAUCAAUCCAAAAGGCCAGAUUCCAAAAAAGUUAUGGUACAUCCAUACUUUUGGCCAGCAUCAAAGUGUGCUGAAUUUUUAUCAGCUGUGUCUGAUAAAAUUGAUGAUGAGAGAAACCCAUCAUCCGAUUUAUUUAAAAAAUUGGAAAAAGAUGGUUGUGCUGUAUUUGGUGCGGACUGGUGCAGGAGGUUGGAUCAAGACUUGAUAUGGCACCUAAAGAAAAAAAGGCCAUAUCAAGGAAAUAGGCUCACAGGCUUAAUGAGAGCUAUAAGAAACAUGAAUCACCACCAUCACCAACUCCCAGACCAUUUAAGAAGGGUAGUUGGAGUUAAAAGCGAAACCAUUAUUAAUUCUUGGAAAAAAGUUGAUAAUUUAGAUGAUUAUAUUAAUUAUGAAAAUAGUGAGGUUAAUGCUGAAUUAGAGUUGCAAAAUAUAAUGAAUGAAUAUUAUAAAGGAUCAAUAACAAUAGAAGACUAUAUUAAUUGUGAUAAUACUUACGAAAUUGAAUCAAUGCCUGGAUUAGAAGAAAUUAUUGCUGUUGGUAACUCUACCAAUUCUCCAGUCUCGCCUGGACCAACCAUUUCUUCUAACGUGUCUAAUGAUGAUUCCUCAAGAGCUAUCGGCUCUUCAUCUGAUCAAUACAAUGAUUCGUCUACUUCUUCCCAGACAACAGAUGGUCAUGAUGUUAAUAGUAGUGCUACGAAUGUGAGUUUUGGCACGUUUGAUGAUUUUAUUUACUCCAUUGAAACAAAUAAUCAAUCUUCCGUCGAAGAAAAUGCUGGUUUAAAAGGCCUUAACGACAAUAUGGACAAAAAUUUUUUUGACAAAGGCAAGACAAAAUUAGAUCAAUCAAAAACAUUCUUUGAUCACGAUAACAAUUUUCCUACAUUUUAUAAUUCGAAAAUCUCCGAGACAGAAGAUUUUAAUGAUUCGUUUGAACCUAAUCAACAAAAAGACCAUUUAUUGUCAUCUGUCGAAGAAAAUGCAAUUCCAAAAAAUCUUGGUGCAAAUAUCAAUAAAAAUUUAUCUGAUAAAGAUGAAAAUUUGUCUUCCCUUGGCGAUUCAAAAGUCCCUGAACACAAUGAUUCAGAAAGUUCGGAUGAUUUGUCUAAUAACGAGUCUAAAAAUAAAAAUAAAACAUUAGAUGACCUCAAAAAAACCAAGGAAGAUAUUUUAAAGAUAAUCUCCAAACGUGAAAAUUCCUAUAAUAAUCCAAAUGAUAAUAUUAGAAGUGGACAAAAUCUUUUGGAUUAUAUUCCGGGAUUAUAUCUUUUGUUAGAUUUAAAAAAAGAUGAAGGAUCAAAUGGUCUCGUUAACAAAAUAAUUAUAUCAAAGGAAUCAUUGGAAAAGUUUUGUAAUGACUUGGCUCCUAGUAGCUUUAAAUCUGCAUCAGAUAUUAAAUAUACAGAACUAAAUAGAGUAUCAUUCCAUCUUGUUGGGUGUUAUGGGAACUAUGAAUUGAUUGCAAAGCUGUUAUUAAUUAAAAAAACUAUUAACCGAAAAAUGUAUAAAUUGCUUGUAUCUUCAAAUAAAACUGGGAGCCCCUCUCUACAUUCAGGAAUUUAUUUGUUGAUUGUGAAUGUUAAUUUAGGUCUAGUAAUUCAUUGGCCUGAACCUGGUUGUUAUGAAGAUAAUGCAACUGAUCAACUAAAAAAAAAUAUGGUUAACUUUCAUAGGAAAUGA